GCUAUCUUUUUCCCAUAAUAACGCCAACACACAUGCUUUCAGUUUCAACUCUAUAAAUACCGCCAUUUCCAUUCUUUCACCUAACGCAAUUAUCGUAGACAGAGCAAUGGCAACACUCAAAGUACCUGCAAUUGUUCCCGCUCCGGAAGAGGACGCUGCGCAGCUCAGGAAAGCUUUUGUUGGAUUGGGGACGGAUGAGGAGGCGAUAGUCAAGAUUCUAGCGCACAGGAAUGCGACACAGCGAAGGUUGAUUCGUGAAGCAUAUACUGCAGCUUAUGGAGAAGAUCUUCUUAAAGACAUGGAGAAGGAAAUUUCUGGAGAUUUUCUGCGUGCACUAUCUGUGUGGACGCUCGAUCCAGCUGAACGAGAUGCACGACUAGCUAACGAGGCUACAAAGAUGCUUACUGCUAACAAUUACGUGCUCUUGGAAAUCGGUAGCACCAGGUCUUCAUAUCAUCUGUUUAAAGUCAGGGAGACAUAUCAUCUCCUUCACAAGAAAUCUCUCGAAGAAGACGUUGCACAUCACACCAGUGGAGAUUACCGGAAAAUUCUGGUUCCUCUUGUGAGUGCCUUUCGAUAUGAGGGAGGUGAGACGAACUUGACAUUGGCAAAAUCGGAGGCUAAGAUACUACAUGAGAAGAUAACUGGAAAGGCAUACAGUGAUGAUGAGAUAAUACGGAUUCUGACUACAAGGAGCAAACCACAGCUUAAUGCAACACUUAACCAGUACAAUGAUGCAUUUGGAAAUCCUAUCACCAAGGAUUUGAAAUCAGAUCCUAAUGAUGAGUACUUGAAGUUCCUCAGAGCAACGAUCAAAUGCUUGACCUCUCCCGAGAAGUACUUUGAGAAAGUGCUUCGCGUUGCAAUCAAGGGGGCUGGCACGGACGAGAAUGCUCUGACUCGGGUUGUGGUUACUCAAGCUGAGGUUAACCUGCAUCGGAUCAAAGAAGAGUACCUCAAACGCAACAGUAUUCCUCUGGAGCAGGCGAUAGCUGGAGACACCUCCGGUGACUACAAGAAUGUCUUGGAAGCGUUGCUCGGAAGGGAAGAUUGAAGCGUGUAAGAAUGAAAUCAAAGUGCUUUUGUGUGUGAUGGUGUGUUUGUUCUGUCUCUUGAGAGACUUGUUUGAAGACAUAAUUGGCUUUCUGUUUAAUGUUUAUUUCACCGAAUUUAAUGGUUUUUGGUUGCUUUACUCUA